UUUGCUUUCGGAUUAGUCCCCCGAGUCAGCCUCCGGAACGCGGCGUCACACCGGAUGUGACAGGACGGGGAAAACGCGAGAGGUGUUGUCUGCCCUAAACAGAGACGGACCUGAGGAUCGGCAGUGGCACAGCUCAGGUGACCCGGCCGCCGGAGUCCGGGACCUCGCACCUGUCGCUCUCCAGCUACUCCCCUCCCCCUCGCCCUCCCCAGUCCGCAGGUGUCGAUGGCGGCCGCCGUGCUGACGGACCCGGCGCAGGGGAAAGUGAACUUUGAGGACGUGUUCGUGUACUUCUCCCAGGAGGAGUGGGGGCUCCUUGAUGAGGCUCAGAGGCUCCUGUACCGCGAAGUGAUGCUGGAGAACUUUGCCCUUAUGGCCUCACUGGGUUGUUCGCAUGGAAUGGAGGAGGAGGAGAUACAUUUUGAGCAGAGCGUUUCUGUAAAAGGAGUGUCACAGGUCACGAUUCCUAAGACGAUUCCGUCUUCCCAGAAGGCCCACCCCUGUGAGACAUGUGGCCCGAUCUUGAAAGAUGUUUUGUACUUGGCUGAGCACCAGGAAACACACCCUGGGCAAAAACCAUACAUGUGUGUGGCAUGUGGGAAACAACUCUGGUUCAGUGCAAACCUUCACCACCAGAAGCAGCACAGUGGAGAGAAACUCUGCAGAAGGGAUGAGGGUAGGGCCUUUCUUGUGAACGGCUGCUCUGUCCAAUCAUUGGACAUGCCCUUUACCACAGGGGAGGGUUGUAAGGACUUCCCAACUAGCUCAAGCAUGUUCCAGCACCAUGCCCUUCUUAGUAAGUGGAAGCCACAAAGUAAUACCAAGUGUGCAGAGGCCUUUCACAGUGGACAAAGGCAUUACAAGUGCAAUGAAUGUGGGAAAGCCUUCAGCCGCAAAGACUCACUUGUUCAGCACCAGAGAGUCCACACUGGAGAAAGGCCUUAUGAGUGCAGUGAGUGUGGGAAAACUUUCAGCCGCAAACCCAUACUUGCACAGCACCAGAGGAUCCACACUGGAGAAAUGCCUUACGAGUGUGGCAUAUGUGGAAAAGUUUUUAAUCAUAGCUCUAACCUUAUUGUACACCAGAGAGUCCAUACUGGAGCAAGGCCUUACAAAUGCAGUGAAUGUGGGAAAGCCUACAGUCACAAAUCCACACUUGUUCAGCAUGAGAGUAUCCAUACUGGAGAAAGGCCUUAUGAGUGCAGCGAAUGUGGGAAAUACUUUGGUCACAAAUACAGACUCAUUAAGCACUGGAGUGUUCAUACUGGGGCAAGGCCUUAUGAGUGCAUUGCAUGUGGGAAGUUCUUCAGCCAAAGUUCCGACCUUAUUGCACACCAGAGAGUUCACAAUGGCGAAAAGCCAUAUGUGUGCAGUGAGUGUGGCAAAGCCUUUAGCCACAAACAUGUGCUUGUUCAGCACCAUAGAAUCCACACUGGAGAAAGACCGUAUAAGUGCAGUGAGUGUGGGAAGGCCUUCAGGCAAAGGGCUUCCCUCAUCAGACACUGGAAAGUUCAUGCUGGAGAAAGGCCUUAGGAUAGCAGGGAAUAUGCCAUAGUGGGUGACACCAGAGAGAAGCUCUAAGAGUAGCCUAUGUGAGUAGCCAUCAGCUGGAAGAUGAGUCUCAUACAUUUGAACUCCCACCCUGAGGAGAUUCUUCUGUGUGCCAGCUAUAUGGGAAGGUUUCUGGAGCAAUAUUGCACUUUGUAACAUGCCUUUGUUCACUGUGAGAGGCCUCUGCACACUUGCCAGAAGCAUAUCACUGCCAUUGUCUCUGAAAGAAUCUAUAUGUCUGUGCAACAGCAGGGUGCCACGUUGUGCGUAAGUCACCCCAGCGUGCUUUGAUGGGCAAGAUCUCUGCUCUUCCUCCCUUCCCUGGUGGGAAUCAUCGGUAGCCUGAGCCCAUUGAAGAUCCUCACUCUUUCCUGCCCCCCUACUGGUUAAGCAUGGAUGUGACCCAAUUUUGGCCAGAAGAACAUAAGCUUUGUUCUGCUGGCUGCUUGCAAAGAUUUCCAUUUUUCAGACUUUAUUGGUCUGAUGUGGCACUCGUGAUGGAUUUGUCCAGCCCCCAAGUCACCUAACUUGGGAAUUGUCUGCCUCAUAUUCUUCUGGGUUUGCAACAAAUGCCUUAGUUUUAAACUACCUUUAAUCCUGGGGAUUCUGUUCACUUUGUGGGUUGAGUUGAGAACAGAAUUGGCCUCUGCCAGCCUGAAAGAAUGUACAGCUUGUGUGAGAGGUCCAACUGUUGUGUCUCAGUGGUAUUUGCAGAAUGGUGAAGAAAGAACAGCUCUUAUUCUAGUUUCAGCCUAAUUUGCAUUGCUACUCAAGGCCUCCUAGGAAAGAAUACCAAUCUUUGCAGGCCUAAUCAUGUGUCCUGUAUGCCAAGAUGAUUUGUGUGACCAAGGUCUUCUUGAGCAUUGGGCGUUUGUCAUGACAACUUCUGAUGUGCCUGGGAGCAGCAUGAAUUGGGUCCCUUGUUCCCAGGGAAUGCUUCAUAUUCCCCAGCCCUCUUUAGUAGAGUUUGACUCCCUGGGACCUACCAGCAUCCCUGAAAUCUAUUAUUUGGUAGGCAGAUGUCACUGUCCCCUAAAAGGGCAUCUGAUAAAUAGGAAGUUGGGAAACUAGCCAACUUUAGGGAAUAUAACUCUUCUAAAGGCGUAUCCACAAAUGUUUCCAUCACUGUGACUUUGGUAUGAGAGUUUAUGGAAAUUCUCAGGACUCAUAUUUGUGUCUCAUAAUCUUAUGGCUACAGUUACAGUCUGAGCAAUCUAAACAUUUUCUGCAGUUGCACGUAUUUAUAGUGUGUAUAAUUUGGUAGUUUCGAUACAUGUUUGCACCUUUGAAACCAAGUUUCCUGAUUCCUUUUAUAAUACCUCUCGCCCUCACCCAUUCCCAGGCAACCACUCAUCUUGCUUUCUGUCAUUAUAGAUCUGUUUGGAUUUCCUAGAAUUUUAAAUGUGUGUGUGUGUGUAUAGAAUAAUUUAAAAGGUACUAGUAUGUAUAUGGCUUUUCAAACUCUGCGUAAUUAUGUUGUGAUUUAUCAGUGUUCUGUGUAUCAGUAAUUCAUUCUUUUUCAUCCAUACUUUUGCUUAAAGUAUUCCACUUUAGAGAAACAGUUCCAAAGCAAGUGACCCAGAAGAGAACUCACAGGAACGAAGCCACAGUAUGUGUGGCUCAUAACCUUCACCUGGAAAUGAUGUGCCAUUGUUUCUGACUUACUCUGUGGGUAACACAGACUAAUCCUGGUUCAGGGUGGAAGGGGACUUACUUCACAACAGUGAGAAUACAAAGCGGUAGGGAUUUGUGGGAGCGUUUCUUGAAUACUGGUGACCACAAUCAUAGUUGUUUUUCUUUUUUUUACCUUUUUAGUCUUUUAAUGAGGAAUCAUAUUGACUGAUUUCAAAAGUUAAACCAACCUUGCAUUUCUGAGGUAAACCCCAUUUGGUCAUGAUGUACUACCCUUUUAUGCACUGUUGAAUUUUAUGUGCUGGUUUUCUUUUUUUCUUUUUUUUUUUUUAAGAUUUUUGCAUCUAUGCUCAUGAGGGAUGUUAGUCUCUAAUUUUUUUAAUGCGUGGGUUUGGUUGCUAUCUGUAGUCCUGGCUUUACAGAAUAAGUUGGUUAAGUGUCCCCCGCUCUUCAAUUUUCUGGAAGAGUUUGUGAAGAAUUGACAUUAUUUCUUUCUUAAUUGUUUGGUGGAAUUCACCGGUGAAGUGUUUGGGCCUGGAGUCUAUUUUGUGGGAAGGUUUCUAACUAUAAAUUUAAUUUCCAUGGUGAACAUAGGUUUAUAGAAUUUAUCUCUUUUUUUCCCCCCUACAGUGAGCUUUGGUGGUUUGUAUCUUUCUCAAAGAGUUUGUUAAUUUAAGUAGUCAAAUUUUUCAAGCUAUCCUUUUAUUAUUUUAGUACCUGUAGAAUCUGUAGUGAUGCCACCUCUCUUAUUCCCAACACUGGUAAUGUCUAUAUUUCUCUUUUUUUCUUCAUCAGUAGUUUAUCAGCUUUAUUGGUCUUCUGAAAGCACUUGAUUUCACUGAUUUUUCCCUGUUCCUUUUUUUUUUCCCCCAUUUUGACUUUUACCAUUGGCUUUUGCUUUUAUUGUAUUUCCUUUCUGUUCUUCUGCUACUUUUUAACAUAGAACCUGAGAUCCUUCAUUUGAAACUUAUGGGUUUUUUUCCUAACAUAGGUGCUAAAUUCUAAAAGUCACUCUGUAACAACUGCUUUAGUUGCCUCCCACAAAACUUGAUAUGUUGUAUUUUCAUUUUAAUUACAUUUAAAAUCUUUUCUGGUUUCCUUUUAAAUUUCUUCUUUGACACAUGGUUCUUUUAAAGGUAUUUUAUUUUAUUUUAUUUUUUUUGCGGUACGCGGGCCUCUCACUGUUGUGGCCUCUCCCGCUGCGGAGCACAGGCUCCGGACGCACAGGCUCCGCGGCCAUGGCUCACGGAUCCAGCCGCUCCGCGGCAUGUGGGAUCUUCCCGGACCGGGGCACGAACCCGUGUCCCCUGCAUCGGCAGGCGGACUCCCAACCACUGCGCCACCAGGGAAGCCCAUGACACAUGGUUCUUUUUAGAAGUGUGUUAUUUGUGAUUUUCCUCAUCUUUUUGGUAAUUGAUUUCUAAUUUAAUUCAUUGCAGUCAGUAUAUACUUUAUGACUUGAAUUAUUUACAUUUAUUGAUAUUUUCUUUAUGGCCCAGAAUAUGGGUUAUCUUGUAUUUCAUGUUAGCUUAAAAUGAAUGUAUAUUGUGUUCUUGUUUGAUGGAGAGUUCUACAAAUGUCAACUUGGUUAAGACGGUUGACAGUGUCUAGUUUUCUGUAUCCUUACUGGUGGUGGGUGGGGAGUAGUGUUCUGUCAAUUAUUUGAAUAAGGUUGUUGACAUCUCUGAAUAUAAAAAUGGAUUUGCCUAUUUCUCUAUCAGGUUUAGUUCUAUCAGGUUUUUGCUUUGUGUAUUUUGAAGUCUUUUUAUUAGGUGAAUAAACAUUUCCUACUGUUAUGUCCACUUAAUGAGUAGACCUCUUUUAUCAUUAAGAAAGGGUGCUCUUUAUCUAUAGUAAUAUUCUUUGCUCUAAAAUCUAUCUUGUCAGAUACUGUUAACAUUGUGUAGUUUUGAUUGAACACUCAAUUUUGCCUUUUUGGGUACUGCAAAUACUUGCAUUUCAGUAGAUAUUCUUGGUAUUGUUUAAGUUCCUUGGAAGCAAUAUGAUCUUUUGGGAUCUUGAUUCCAAACAUUUUUAGGUUGAAUUACUGCAGCAUUCAUUUUAAGGCUAAUUUCUCUCCCCCUACUGCGACACAAUCAUUCUCUAUUCUCUACCUCAUGCUUCAUAAGGAUUCCCAUUUAAACUGGUUAGAACAGGUGCUAUUCCAUUCUCUACAUUAGCCUUGGAAAUUGUUUCAUUGAAUCCUUUUGGGUGUUUCUUUACCCAGCUCUGGUUAUUUCCUGCCUGCAUGUACAGAUUAGUACAUGAGGAUGUACUAAUGUACAUGAGGUCAUACUUGAGGAUGACCCUCUGUAUGUUUCUGAAGUUUUCUCUCUCCUGUACUGUGCUCUGUUGGACUCCAGACACCUUAGCAGGCCCAGAUUCUAAGUUUUGUCUCAACUCAGGGUGACUUUUGGGUCUGACUGGACUCAGCAUUUUUGUAUUAGGGCCUGGGAAUUUCUUUUCAUAGUAAGCUCGGAUGGCCACGUGGCUCACAUCGUUUGCCGUCUGUCAUAGGUCAUUGUUAUUUGCUUGAUGUCCAGUGUAUUAAGAAUCAGUUUCAUAUAUGUUGUAAAUUUUUUUCAAGAAAAUCUAUGAAUUCCCCCUAAAGCAGACACUUUGAAUAAAUUAGUAGAAUUGAUAACACCCCCAAACCACAUCGGAAAAAAAAAGAGAAAUCACACAUUUACAAAUAUGAGCAAGGAAAGAAAGUAUAGCACUAAAUAUCUUUGAAACAUAAUGCGUAAUGUGUGAUUAUUUUAUUUUAUUUUAUUUUUUGGCUGCGCCACGCAGCAUAAAGAAUCUUAGUUCCCUGACCGGGCAUCGAACCCCUGCCCCCUGCAUUGGAAGUAUGGAGUCUUAACCCCUGGACCACCAGGAAAGUCCCUGUGUGAUUAUUUUAAAUGACUCUUUCCCAAUAAAUGGAAAUGUGGAGGACAAAAAUUCAUUGAAAGAUACCAACUGACCAGGUUCCCUCAAGAAGAAAUAGAUAAUCUUAAAAAUCCUUUGUUCAUUAAAGACAUUUAAUUAGUAUUUCCAAAUUACUAGUAAUGGUAAUCUACGUUUAAAUGUAAGAAGCCCUCUCACUUAAAAUUUAAGGCCAAGAUGGUUUCACUAACAAAUCCUACCAAAUAUUUAAUGAAUAAUUAAGAUUCCAUCAGACUCUUCCAAAAAAUAAGUAAUAACAUAUGGGGCACUUCCCAACUAAUUUUUAGAA